AUGUGCCCGGAGGAGGACGGCGGCUGCGGCGGCGGCGGCGGCAGCGUAGCCGGCACCGGUGGCCCCGAGGCGGCGGCUGCGGUGGCGCUGGACGAGCUCCGCUCCUGGUGGGAAGUCCCGGCCAUCGCGCACUUUUGCUCGCUCUUCCGCACCGCCUUCCGCUUGCCCGACUUCGAGAUCGAGGAACUGGAAGCUGCUCUUCACGGGGAUGAUGUGGAGUUUAUCAGCGACCUGAUCGCUUGCCUUCUUCAAGGUUGUUACCAGCGCAGAGACAUCACAUCGCAGACGUUUCACAGCUACCUGGAGGACAUCAUCAACUACCGCUGGGAGUUGGAGGAAGGAAAGCCCAACCCUUUGCGGGAGUGCAGCUUCCAGGAGCUGCCCUUGCGCACGCGGGUGGAGAUCCUGCACCGCCUCUGCGAUUACCGCCUCGAUGCCGACGAUGUCUUCGACCUCCUCAAGGGCUUGGACGCCGACAGCCUCCGCGUGGAGCCGCUGGGCGAGGACAGCAGCGGUGCCCUGUACUGGUACUUCUACGGCACGAGGAUGUACAAGGAGGACCCGGUGCAGGGCAAAACCAACGGAGAGCUGGCUCUAGACAGGGGAUGUGGUGGGCAGACAAACACCCCAAAUGUUCCAGGGAAAACAGGCAAGAGACGAGGGCGACCUCCAAAGCGGAAAAAACUACUGGAGGAAAAUUUGCUGAGGGAGAAGGCAGAAGAAAACUUGCUUAUCCACGAGACUCAGAUAAGAAAUGGGUCCCAAGGGCCUGGCCGUGGAACAUGGUGGUUGCUGUGCCAGACGGAAGAGGAGUGGAGGCAGGUCACAGAGAGCUUCAGAGAGAGGACUUCCCCUUAG